AUGGGUUUAGCCUUGAAGAAGUUUUGCAUGCAGUUCUGCUGCUGCUGUUGCGCUGGUGACGAAGAUGAUGAGGAUGAGAAGCAGCCAUUAGUACCUCAGGAUCCAUUGGAGUAUUUCAACCGUGAAGUCCAGAAGCGUCGUGAUGAGGAGACCAACCUGUGGAGUGAGCCAGGAGACCCUAGCCACUCGGAGAGAGACGACGACCGGACCCUUUAUACCCUGCUGCAGGCCAGGAACAAGACCCGCAUGGGAUCCACGGGCUAUCGCCGCCUGAGUGUUGAUAUUGAAGCCAUGAGAGAUACCCGGCGAGAAGUCAGAGACAAAUGGAAGACAAUUCUGGAGAACCUAGGUUUCAUGGCGGAGGCAGACUCGCUGCUGACAGUGUCUGCCGGUGCCUCUCAUGACCGCAUGCGUAACGCCCCAGCAGCACGUGCCCUUCUGCAUACGCUCCACUCUGAGACCUCCAUCUUCAGCAGCAGAGAGCCACCCCCAGAAAGAUAUCUGUUCAUCCUGGAUCGUCUUGUGUAUCUCGAUAUAGCUGACGAUUUUCUGGCAAAGGCAAAGCGCUUCUAUCCGCCAAAGGAGGAUUCCGACGAGGAGGUGACAGGCCUUAACAUUAACCUGCCGCUGCUGCUGGCCAGGGUAGAGGCCAUGAAUGGAGGAGUCGACGACGAUGAAGAGGAUGAGAGCGAAAGAGAGGAUGGGAACUUGAGUGACAGAUCCUAAGGUCCGCUGGCUGCAAUAAUAAUAGACACAAGGCAGGGGGCAGUAGUCAUCAACCCUUGAGACCUGGAUGAAUCACAUAGCUCCUCUCUUCAAGUGUCUGUCGCCUCGUACGGUGUUGCUGCUGCUUCUUGGAAGUUUUAGGCUGAAGAAGUUCUCCCUUCUGUCCCAGCCACAGAG